AUGUCUGCUCAUGAUGUUAUUUUGGUUAAUCGCCAUGGUGAAGUUGCUCACGGAACGCGUGUGUACUCGGCCGCUCCUACAUUACAAGUACUUAGAAUUAGACUCACAGUGAAAACUGUGAGGUUUGCAAUGGAAAAUGGCGAUGUGCUUUCGCUGCACAGGGGCAUGAGGAAGGGGGCCAUCUUAGUCUACUUUGAUCAACCUUGUGACGAGCCCAGGUUCCAAAAAGACAUCAAUUUUGGCGGUGUUGUUUCCAGAGACUUCUGCAUAAUCAACAUGAAGAACUGCUUUGGCAUAACUGUCGACACUUGUCAGGGCCUCUGCAAUCGUUUCUUGGAUGCCAUGCUCCUUCCCAUCAUGAGAGGUGGUGGAUUGCACACUCUGUCGACUAAGAGUGGCAGUGCAAUCAACUUCCGAGACUACAAGACCUGUGCAGUCAUGUUCUUUGAAGUCCAAGCCCGAGACAUGCCGUUCAUAACCAAACAUAUCCGUAGUGACCACCCAGUCCAAGGGAUGGAGUACCAGUACUCGAAAUCUUUUGAUGGUAUUCUUUGCCUUGUUGCAGCUUCGGCACACGGUUUUGCAUACUUUCAACUUUGUUUGGAAAUAGCUUCUCCAUCUUGCAGCAUUAUUCAUCUCUUGCUGAGUGGAGAGUUUAAUUUUGACAAAGUUGUGCGAUGCUUCAAGACAAACAUGCAAAACAUGCCAGAACUUAUCCCUUACUUCAACAAAGAAAGUCACCCAAAUGUGUCUCAACAGAGAUUCAUCUUGUGGGACAAGCUUGUAGGCUGCAAGCACACCAUGCAGAGCAUGUUAGCUUCUGGACAUACCCACCACUGUGUAGCUGCAAAAGAGAUUAUGAAACGAGGAAAAAUAUCUCUAAACAAUAUGUAUUCUCUUCCUCCUCCUGGUGCCUACCUUGGUGCAGCUUACCCUCCAAGUCUUCAACUGACUAAUCCUAAUAUCAACCCCAUGCAAAUUGGUUACUCUUCAUGUGUCCGCGAAGUGCCUAUGCUUGAUCUUACUCAAUCUGCCGAAGUGGUUGUUUCUCCAGUUCAGAUGUCACCUAAAGUGAGCAAAGUUCAGCCAAUGCCAAAAGUGCUUGUGGACCAAGAAACUCAAACAGAGAAACAAAAAGCUACAGAUCUUAUAACUGAAGGAGAAAAAUUGUUCACAGAAAGGAUGGAUGAGAUUGCUGCUCUUAAAAAUAUCAUCAGUAAAUCUGCCGAUGCAUCAGUUUUGUUGCUUGAGAAGGUCAAAGACAUAGCAUCAGCUCAAGAAAAAAGUGAUGAAGAUGACAAGUUUCCAGUUGCUGCCCGAGUACCGAGUAAGACCAUUCAAAAAGAGGAAGACUGUUGA